AACACACUGCAGGUAGCAGCAAUGUUAUGGUAACUAUGGAAACGGCUGGCGGGUCCGAGCCAAUAGAGAGUGCAGUGGGGUAAGAUCCCGCCCCUCCCUCUCCAUAGAGACAGGAAGCCAUCUUGCAGCAGUUCGCUGAUAGAGCGGGAGGAUGAGCGGCUCGAAACCCCGAACUGAACCCAAUUCGGACCCGGGACUUGCCCCGGAGCCGGGCAGCCGAGUCGACCCGGUCCCCACCGCAGCCACCGCACCCGUCCGGGAGAGAAAAACCGGCGGCGGAGUCCUCAAGCGGCUCAAAUCACGGCGAAACCCCACGGCCGUGGCGGCAGACAGGCGUCUGGUAACGGAGGAAGAGCUGAGGGCACUGGGACGAGACAUCACCCCCGAUGAGGUGCUGGGGCUCCGGGCCGUCACCCGCGAUUAUUUAUGUAAGACGGAGGACAACAUUUACAACAUUGACUUCACCCGGUUUAAGAUCCGAGAUUUGGAAACGGGGACGGUCCUGUUUGAAAUUGCCAAGCCUCCCAGUUCAGAUCUGGAGGAGGAGGAUGAGGAGGAGAAUGGAGAUGCAGACUCGAGUGCCGGCCGCUUCGUUCGGUACCAGUUCACCCCCGCCUUCCUGAGGCUGCGGACCGUCGGAGCCACGGUGGAGUUCACUGUGGGAGACCGGCCUGUGAACAGCUUCCGGAUGAUUGAGCGUCACUAUUUCCGGGAGCACCUGCUGAAGAACUUUGACUUUGACUUCGGAUUCUGCAUUCCCAACAGCCGCAACACCUGCGAACACAUCUACGAGUUCCCACAGCUCCCAGAGGACCAGAUUCGCCUAAUGGUGGAGCACCCUUACGAGACCAGAUCGGACAGCUUCUACUUCGUGGAUAACAAACUGAUAAUGCACAACAAGGCAGACUACGCUUACAAUGGGGGCCAGUAGCCAGGGCUGGCUACAAGCGCAGUGGCUCUUCCAACAGCCAGACUCCAAUGUAAACAAGCUCCCAGCCUCCACGCAAGCCAUUCCAGACUGCUCUCCCGCUGACAACCUUGUGGACUCCCUGCUCCCUCCCUCCCUCAGCUCCGAUUCUGCAGGAAGCCUGGUGCCAUCCUCCCUCUCCCCCAAAAGGACCCAGGAUUGUGGUUCUGCAGUGGCUGGAAAUGAUCUAAACCAGCAGCGUCCGAGCAGUAGCAGUGAGAACACAGCAGCCCCCCCCUCAGCCAGCCAGUACCAGACACGGUCCCCGGGGGAUCUUGGUUCACCUUUUUAAGAGUUUAUAGAAGCCCUUGGUUGUGCAGUCAUAGUUAAUCAGUUACCAGACGUGUGAUUCUAGAAGUUUUAUUCAGCUGCGAUGUCACUUUAACAUCUUUCUGUUAGCCAUGUGUGAAAUGAAGGCGCUUUGGCAUUUCCCUGUUGCACUCUGAAUCUGUGUACAUGGAAGAAGAAGUUGUUGCGAGAGCAGCAUCCUGUUAUUAAAAUCAGCUGUGGUGAUGACUCUUCGUGAUGAAUCUCAGUGUGGCUCUGUCUCGCUGCUGGAAUCCGCCUCUAAAGCACCCUCUUAACAGAUGUCUUGUUUUAUUUUAUUUUUUUCUUCCCCCUCCACAAGUACUACCCGGUUUUACUGACUGGAUGACGACCUGAAGAGUUAGCAGGUCCAGCAGCUGUGCUCGCUGCCGCCCAAUCCCUGGAUCUCAGUGUUUUGAUCAGACUGCCUCCUCCGUCGCUUCACUCUGCCUGUGCAUGUGAGUGAGAUGAGCAGGUCCGCUCACACUGCCUGGGUUUUCAUGCUAACUCAGUGAAGUGUGAGGUAGCCAUUUAAACAGCCAUGACUAAUUACAAUCCGUUGUUUUCUUUUCAUUCAUAGCAGCUGCUGUAAGUGGCGGUUGACAAGCCGCAGCAGUACCAGAACACUGCGUUCUCUCAACCUGGGAGUGUGAGGGGGUGUAAGGGUGAUGGGGCCCGUCCACCUGGGAAAACAGCUGCAGUCGAACUACAGUGGAAUUGAUACAGAUUAACACAUGUUGAUGGACUGCGGUUUAAUAUUUAAAAAAACUAACAAAAAAAAUAAGUUACAAUAUGCUAUUUAUAGUUGCUGUCUGCGGUACGUUUUUGUUUCUUGUAAUAAUUUUGAAGAAAUUGAAGUUUGUUCCUUGUAUGAACUUUUAAACUGGAAUAUCUUGUGCUUUUUCAAUUUUGUUUAAGUGAUUGCAGACUUUCUUUUGUCUGUGUUUACAUUUGGUGUUGAGGUUAUUUCCUGUUUUGUUUUUUUUUCUUUGUCGCUGAAUGCAAUGGAGAUGUCUUGACAGCACGCACUGACGCUGCUAUAUCUGUUUUUUCCAUUUGCGGUGGGUUACUUGGGAGAGGCGGGUGCUACAGUGUGCCUGCACUGAGAGGAGACCUCAGCAAUUGCCAUUGGAGCCCACUGUCCUAUUUAAUGUAACCCAUUGGAGGCCACUGUCCUAUUUUCAUAAAAAUAAUUUUGCAGUUAAUGGCUGAAUGUUCACAUCCCCCUCCACAGCACCGCUGCUCCAUGUGAAAGUUACACUUGUUACACCCGUCAGUCAUUGAUAUCAGACUGACGGCAAGGCAAGAUAGGUCAGCACUAAAGCACACGGUGUUGGGCUUGCCAGUAGCUUUGAUAUUGAUUACCUGCUUAUCCAGGGUAACAAAUGUUCAAUUCUCACAGCAGUGCCACACGUACACACGUACACGUACACGUACAUGUGCACACACACACACACACACACACACACACACACACAUGCCAGGUGCUGGUAAGCUGUUGAGAGGCAGUCAUCUGCCCCUGACAUGAAGAGCACUUUCAGUCUUGUUAAUCAUGAGCUUUAAACUGUGUGGGACCCUGCUGCAGUGUACGGGACAGAUUCAUUGUGGCCUCUCCUGUGCUGCUUCACUGUCUCUGGAUGGACAGCACUCUGCUUGUGUAGCUGCUGUCACUGCUCGCUACCUGCUAGUUACCCGUGCGUUAGCGGCAGCACAGAAAACUGGGCUUCUGAGUGUAUCGUAUUGUGAGCGGCGUGGAUGAAAAGACAAGGCAGAAAAAAAAAGAAAUACGAAUUUGAACAAGCUGGAAGUGGGAGUGUUUUUUUUUAUUACCUUUUAACACCUUAGAGAGUUUGACCUCAAGCUAUUGAGCUUGUGUGAUAGUAGAUCAGCUAUCCAAAAGCUGCUGCAGGAGUGAACCUGUCCUCACCCCCCAGCAUGGGGGAGGACGGAGCCCCCUCUUCUGUAUAUAAGGCUACCAUUAUGUAAAUAUCUUCAUGGUCAGACAGACCCAAGAGCACGCUGUGUUAGUUCAAAGACCAAAUGCCUAAAGCAACAUUGUGAAGGUGCUCUUAUAGUUUGUGUCAUUUUUUUGUUUGUUUGUUUUUUAACCCUAGGAACCCCGUCGGCUGCAUAAAUAGCAUCCGGAUUUAGGAAGGCUUCUAAUGCCUGCGUUUAGUUAUUUUAUAUCUGUGCUCAUCCGUACUUAGAACACAUGCAAGCUGGGACUACAGGAAUACCUGUUUUAAUUCGUGGGCAGGAUGGUACUUCACAGUAAAUAAUGGCACUGCUAAGAAUGUUUCGAGCUGUAUUGGAGAGAGAGGUGUUGCCUGCCUGGGGUCCCUAAACAGCUCAGUAACUGCUAGUCACCCCAUCAUCUCUGUAAAUAGCGGGGUGCUGCCCUCGUUCCUGCGACGAUGGUCCUACUGAAACACUUUCGGGGGGCGUCUGUUUCUAAGCAUCUUGUGGAACUCGUAGAGCAGACAUAGUCUGUACAAAGUGCAUUUAUUUUUUCAUGUGAUUCUCAAAGAAAGAAAAAGGAGAGGACAAGUUUUCUCAUAUAUUUUUGGCGGCAUGCUUUAGGAAAGGGUGGUUUGGUGUUAUUUUGAGUAAGGCGGCAGUGUAUUUCUUUUUUUUAAAGAACGUGGAAUUACAUUAACUCACCGUUGUGUCUGGGCCUUUGGGGUUAAAAAAAAAAAAAAAGUUCUGUAUUUUGUAACAUUCCUGUCGGUUCAUGUUUUAGGUGUUUGUAUAAAAUGUUAUUUUGUCACACGAACAGUAAUAAAGAGAACUUUUGAUUUUCAGA